CGAACAACGCAUUCCGAGCUUGCAGUCAGUCCUCGGGUGGCUGGAGCUUCAGUACACACACGUGCACGGGGCGAGCGGUGCAUGCUGGGAGCAGGACCGGCUCUGGGUUCGACAGUAGUGAUUGACUACUUGGAUUAUUGUUGACAUUUUGAUUUGCUUGAUUGAGCGUGCCAUCAUGUCCGGGGCUCCACAAGACGUCAGCAAACUCACUGAGCUGACUUAUAAGAAUGUGAUGGAACAGUUCAACCCCAGCCUGAGGAACCUGGUCAACCUGGGGAAGAGUUAUGAGAAGUCUGUCACAGGAAUGACCAUCGCAGGAAAGGCCUACUUCGAUGCCAUCACAAAAAUUGGGGAAAAUGCUACCAUGUCUCCGGUGUCCAGGGAACUUGGAAUGGUUCUGAUGGAGAUUGCAGAUGUCCACAAGAAGGUCCAUUUUGAGCUGGAGCAAAAUCUUAAGAGAUUUCACAGAGAAGUACUCACUGAGCUGGAGAAGAAGACAGAAAUGGAUGUCAAAUAUAUGAACGCCACAUUCAAGCGCUAUCAAUCGGAACACAAGCUGAAACAGGACUCGCUGGAGCGUUCUCAGACGGACCUGAAGAAGCUGAGGAGGAAAAGCCAGGGCAAAAACGUGUCCAAGUACGAGGUCAAGGAGAACGAGUACAUGGAGACCAUCUCGUCGCGCCAGAUGGACAUGCAGAAGUUCAUUGCCGACGGCUGCAGAGAGGCUCUGCUGGAAGAAAAGCGGCGCUUCUGUUUCCUAGCCGACAAACACUGCAUGUUCUCCUAUCACAUUAGCAACUUCCACGAUAAGGCCAAAGAGAUGCUAAACGAAAAGCUCCCCAGCUGGCAGGAGAUGUGCUGCGACGUUAGCAAGGUUCCGGACACGGUGAAGGUCAUGAUAGACGGACUUUCCACCAAUCAAGGGCAGUCACCGCUUGUGGAACACUACAACAGGAACAGAGUUGAGCCACCUCCUGCACCGCCACUAAAGGCGCAGACCAGUCCACUCGCUAACAUGUUCAACCCAGAACCAAGAUCUCCAAUCACCUCAUCUCCAGAGUAUCACUCAGACCAGGGCAGCCUGGGCGAAGAUGGUCUGUCCCAGUCUACAUCCCGACUGUCGGGUCUCAACAUGUCCAAGAACCCUCGGGUCAGGACCAUCUUUCCACACUCGGCGGGAAACAACGGCACGCUCCUCAGUUUUGACGAGGGCGACGUGAUCGCCUUGCUCAUUCAUGAAGAAAAGGACGGUUGGCUUUACGGCGAGCUGGAGAAGACUCGGCAGCGUGGCUGGUUCCCGUCAUCCUACUGCAGACAUUACAAUGAACCUAUGAUGCUGAACAGCAGCAAUUUGGGGACACCAGUGCGCAGUCCAAGUGUUGCCAGUCUACCCGAGCUGGAGGAGGACGAGCCUGUUUUGCUGCCGCCACCAGACUACUCAGAUGACUUCCCAUCAAGUACGAUGAUCCUGUCGACGCCAUCGCCACAGAACACGGUUUCUCUAGUCAAUGGGACAGCAAAGGCUCCUUUUCUAGGAGGAGGUAAUCCCUUUGCGACCAUCAAGCUGAGACCAACUGUCACAAAUGACCGAUCAGCACCGGUCAUCUAACCACAGAACUGCAAGGUGUUGCCAAAACUGUGCCACAAGUGGACAUCUCACCAGCUUGCGAAAGUCUAUUAAAGGGAUUUUAACAUACAGUGGUGUGAAAAGUGAUUGCCCCCUUCCUGAUUUCUUUUUUUUUUUGUAUGUUCGUCACACUUAAAUGUUUCCGAUAAUCAAAUAAAUUGAAAUAUUAGUCAUUGACAAUACAACUGAACACAAAAUGCAGUUUUUAAAUGAAAGUUUUUAUUAUUAAGGGAGAAAAGCUUUUGGACCCCAGCGCUUCACAGUGAGAGCCAUUAUCCACAAAUGGCGAAAACAUGGACCAGUGGUGAACAGAAGUCACAAAAGACCCCACAAGAACAUCCAAAGAACUGCAGGCCUCACUUGUGUCAGUCAAGGUCAGUGUUCAUGACUGCACCAUAAGAAAGAUACUGGGCAAAAACGGCCUACAUGUUGAACAAAAGAACAUUAGGGCACGUCACAAUUUUGCCAGAAAACAUCUUGAUGAUCCCCAAGACCUUUGGCAAAAUACUCUGUGGUCUGACGAGACAAAAGUUGAACUUUUUGGAAGGUGUGUGUCCCGUUACAUCUGGCGUAAAAGCAUUUCAGAAAAAGAACAUCACACCAACAGUAAAAUAUGGUGGUGGUAGUAUGAUGGUCUGGUGCUGUUUUGCUCCUUUACAAACUGAAAGACUUGUUGUGAUAAAUGGAAGCAUGAAUUCUGCUGUCUACCAAAAAAUCCUGAAGGAGAAUGUCUGGCCAUCUGUUUGUGACCUCAAGCUGAAACCAACUUGGGUUCUGCAGCAGGACAAUGAUCCAAAACACACCAGCAAGUCCACAUUUGAAUGGCUGAAGAUAAACAAAAUGAAGACUUUGGAGUGACCUGAAUCCUAUUGUGUUGCUUUGGCAAGACCUUAAAAAGGGAAAACCCUCUAAUGUGGCUGAAUGACAACAAUUCCUCCACAGAGCUGUAAGAGACUCUUUGCAAGUUCUCGCUUGAUUGCAAUUGUUGCUGCUAAGUGUGGCCCAACCAGUUAUUAGGUUUAGGGGGCAAUCACUUUCUCACAUAGGGCCAUGUAGGUUUAAAAGGUCAUUUAAAAACUGCAUUUGGUGUUCAGUUGUUAUGUCAUUGAAUAAUAUUUAAAUUUGUUUGAUGAUCUGAAACAUUUAAGUGUGACAAACAAAUCAGGAAGGGGGCAAACACCUUUUCACACCACUGUAAGUGUAUUUUACUGUGACACCAUAUGGACACAUUAUACAGUCCAAAACCCCAUUUUUUGCAAAUCCUUGUUAUAUAAAGUGUGCAUCCAGUCUGUGUUCAUGUCAAGUAAUGCAAAAUGUUUCUCAUGAUGAAAACGGUGAAUUUUAUCCACUUUUUAAAAUACGUCAUUCUAGCCCUUUCUCAGCCUACUGAAGUAAAAUUGUAAAAAUUCAAAUACCGUACUGAUUAUCAUCCAGAUCCUCCAGCUAUAGACAUUUUAUUCGAGAUAUCCAUUAUUGGUAUGAACCAAAUUUUGAUCCAAUCCAAAUGUAGGAGAACUAUGAGAAAUAUACUUAAGUCUGUUGUUUUAUUAUAUGUAGAUGAAAAAGGGGGGAGCAUUAAAAUCAUUAAAAAAUGACAAACUCCAACAUGAAAUAAAAGUAUUUUUAGUAUUGUUUGUGCUGCAGUUAUUGCAGUGAUAAAAACAUAUUUAUACAUCAUUGUUUUGAUCUGAUCCUGACAAAAACAACCAGCUCAAUUGUCUUCCUGACUUGCAGAAAAACAAAACGGUCUUUUUUUUUUCUUUUUUUUUUUGAGAUGAUGUGACAAUGAAGGGAGUGUGCAGUGUUAAUAAGAAGGGGUUGCCAUUUGAGAAGCAGCGAAGAUGUUUGUCACUGUCCAAAUAAUAAGGUUUUAUAUUUAUAAGCCAGAUGUUUGUAGAAGAUAUUUAAACACAAUGUGUCCAUUAGUGCUCAUGCUGAGCUUGGUUUUAAGUUGACUGCCAGUACAUUUUGAUGAAGGGAAUUUUUCCACUCCUUGUGAUUUGGCUGUUGUUUUGCAUAGACGUGUGCAAUUUAUGCAAAAAUGUUAAAUUGUUAAGAUGUCGGGUCACUAUUUUAACAUAUACAAAGUAUAUUUUCUGAGGACUUUUUUUGACAUGUAUUUUUUGCUUUACAGAAUGUUUAAUGUAUGAUGAAGUGAUCAUACUGACAGUUAUUCCUCAGUGCCUCUUUCAGUGUACCUUGCCGUUGUAGUCAAUGUAGCCUUUUUUCCUCAAUAAAACAUGAACGUGUACAUAUUUGAUGUAUCAGUCAGUGC